GUGUCGCCAAUAGAUAUCAGCUCACUGUGUGAAUUGAACUCCAAAAUCUCAUCAACGUAGCCCCAAAUCCAGAUCUCCCGGAGCUCCAUAGCCAUCGGAGCACAAGCUUUGCCUGAAUCAACCGUUGAACGGCGGAGCAGAAUAGCACAUAUCGAUCCUUCAAUCAAUCGUGAAGCUAUGCCGGAGUUCUUUUCCUCCCUGGAGAGCUACUCCAGGUUCCUCAAGCGCGACAAGCCUCUUCCUUCCUGGACCGACGCCGACGUGGAGGAGUUCAUUUCAUCUGACGCCGUUCACGGCCCUGCGCUGAAGACUGCUCGAGAAGUGGCUAAAUUUGGUGCUGUUGGAAGCAUAGUUGGAGGUGUGACAACUACUGGUUGGGCUUGGAGGUAUUCUAAGAGUCCCCAUGGUGCUUUAUUGUCUCUUGGAUUUGGCGCCAUCUGUGGUUGGACGUUCGGACAAGAAAUCGGAAGCCACUGGCAUCAGCUUUACAGGUACAACACCGUGAAUGCGCAAGCUAAGUUCUUGGAAUGGUGGCAGAAUAAAGCUGGAGGCCAGUCUUAAAAGCUUUUGCAGCUACCAACCAAACGCUGAUACCGGCGUUCUCUUCUUCUCCAACAAUAAGGAAUCACUACUUUUGGUGAUUGGGUUCUAAGUAUGUGCUUACAGAUACUUUGCAGCCACAAGGCUGGUAAUUGGCAUGAAUUUCUGAUGUUUUGUCAUCUGGAAUGUUUAUCCUCUCUAUUUCUGAGCUGACAAAAGAAGGUUUACUAUUUCCAUCUUCAAAUUUUACUACAUUCAGUUUCAUUUUUUAUACUCUAUAACUCCCUAUUA